UUUCCUGCCUCGCCUCUCUGCGAGAAAUGUAGGCUGGAAGCGCCGGAGGAGCCCCUCGUCGUGCGCAGCGAUGUUGGCCAGCGGAGUUGCAGCGGGGGAGCCUCGAGCCAAAGGAUACAUCUGGGGAGUCAAGGCUGAGGGAGAACCAUCUGAAGUAUCACUAGAAAAAUAACUCACACAGGGGACAAACCUCAUAAAUGCUUGGAAUGUGGAAAGAGCUUCAGUCGGAGUGACAGCCUUACUUCGCAUCAAAGAACUCACAUGGGAGACAAACCUUAUAAAUGCUUGGAGUGUGGAAAGAGCUUCAGUCAGAGUAGCCACCUUAUUAGGCAUCGCAAAACUCAUACAGGGGACAAACCUCAUAAAUGCUUGGAAUGUGGAAAGAGCUUCAGUCGGAGUGACAGCCUUACUUCGCAUGAAAGAACUCACACGGGAGACAAACCUUAUGAAUGCUUGGAGUGUGGAAAGAGCUUCAGUCAGAGUAGUGCCUUUAGUAGUCAUAAAAGAACUCACACAGGGAACAAACCUUAUGAAUGCUUGGAGUGUGGAAAGAGCUUCAGGCACAGUAGUACCUUUAGUAAACAUAAAAGAACUCACACAGGGGAUAAACCUUAUGAAUGCUUGGAAUGUGGAAAGAGCUUCAGCCACAGUAGUGCCUUUAGUAAACAUAGAAGAACUCACACAGGGGACAAACCUCAUAAAUGCUUGGAAUGUGGAAAGAGCUUCAGUCGGAGUGACAGCCUUACUUCGCAUCAAAGAACUCACAUGGGAGAGAAACCUUAUAAAUGCUUUGAGUGUGGAAAAACCUUCAGUCAGGGUGACCAACUUACUUCGCAUCACAGAUCUCACACAUAGGACAAACGUUAUAAAUGUUUGGAGUGUGGAAAGAGCUUCAGUCGGAGUAGCCACCUUACUAGGCAUCAGAGAUGUCACACAGGAGACAAACCUUAUACAUGCUUCGAGUGUGGAAAGAGCUUCAGUGACAGUAGUGCCUUUAGUAAACAUAAAAGAACUCACACAGGGGACAAACCUCAUAAAUGCUUGGAGUGUGGAAAGACCUUCAGUCAGUGUGGAAACCUUACUUUGCAUCAAAGAACUCACACAGGGGACAAACCUUAUAAAUGCCUGGAGUGUGGAAAGACCUUCAGUCGGGGUGACCAACUUACUUCGCAUCACAGAUCUCACACAGAGGACAAACCUUAUAAAUGUUUGGAGUGUGGAAAGACCUUCAGGUGGAGUAGCUCCUUUACACAACAUCAAAGAACUCACAAGGGACCAAUGUUAUCGAUGCUUGGAGUGUGGAAAGAGAUUCAGUCAGAGUAGCUACCUUACUUCUCAUCAAAGAAGUGUUACGAUUGCUUGGCUAACCCCAUUUUGGUUCAAGUGGAACCCAGGAGGUGCAAGGCCAGGAACUAUAACUCCCACCCCCACCUCUCACACCCCUGCCCCGCUGGUAUGGCUGGUUAUGAGUUCCACAGGUGUUGUGCGAAGAACAACAAGGGCAGCGUUAAGAAACAGAAUUAACCAAAAGCUACGGCAUAAAUGUUAUCUUCUUCUUUGGCAGACUUCCCUCACUCACCGUAGAAUCCUCCAUUGUUCAUUCUAAGGAGCCUUAGUUUUUCAGGGUCAGUAAGAAACUCUCAUGCAGGCACACACACACGCAGAAAAUCAGCAGAUUCCCAGUCCCCUCCUUUGCAGGAGGGGGAGAGUGGAAAAAGUCUUUUAAAAAUGAGGCUUGAAUCUAGAGAGAGAAGGAGAAGGGGGGGCAGAGAGAUCAGAGCUCCACCCUGUGUGCUACGCUCUCAAGGACUGCAUGGAGGGACUGCAGGGACAGAACCGGGGAGACUCUGGGUCUUGGUGCAAACCCUGGAGACCAAGAGAUUCCUUCCUGGUUUUGGAUCAGAGCUCUUCCACAUAGCUUCAGCUGUACUCAGCCGCCCACUCAGGGCCUAGGAGAGGUAAUCAUUCCUACUUUUAAUAGGAAUAGGGUUCUUUAAUCUCUUUAGUUUAAAGUUAUGAAUGGGUUAGGAUAUCAAUGAUUAAUGCUGCCACGCACCCAAGUAAUUCUGUAACGCUGUUCUACUCUUUUUCUCAAUAAAAUCAAGCUUUGCUUUA